AUGGAGGCACAGGACAUGGACGUCUCCGCCGACGCGCCGGUGGACAAGACGGCGCAGAUGCAUGCGGCCCAGGCAGACCUGCUACCGUGGGUGGAGAAGUACCGACCAAAGGACAUGUCGGAGCUGGUGUCGCACGACGAGAUAAUCUCCACGAUCACGCGGCUCAUCGACGCCGGCAAGCUCCCCCACCUGCUGCUGUACGGCCCGCCCGGCACUGGCAAGACGUCGACGAUCCUCGCGUGCGCGCGCCGAAUGUACGGCAAGCGGUUCGCGAGCAUGGUGCUCGAGCUGAACGCGUCGGACGACCGCGGGAUCGACGUGGUGCGCGAGCAGAUCAAGGAGUUCGCCUCGACGCGCCAGAUGUGGACCUCGAUGCCCAAGCUGAUUGUGCUCGACGAGGCGGACAAUAUGACGAGCCCCGCGCAGAUGGCGCUGCGGCGCGUGAUCGAGAAGUACGUGUCGAACGUGCGCUUCUGCCUGAUCUGCAACUACGCGUCCAAGAUUAUGCCCGCGCUGCAGUCGCGCACCACCCGCUUCCGCUUCGCACCCCUCACCGACGAGCAGGCGAUCGGCCGCACCCAGCACGUCGCUGAGGCCGAGGGGGUUCGCGCCGCGGGCGGGGGCGUGGAGGCGUGCGUGGCCCUCGGGCGCGGCGACAUGCGCCGCUGCCUCAACCUGCUGCAGUCGACCCACAUGAGCUUCGGCCUCGUCUCUGAGGAGAAUGUCUACCGCUGCGCCGGCCAGCCGACGCCGGCCGACACGGACGCGAUCUUCCGCUCGCUGAUGGAGGAGGACUUCAGCACGGCGCUCUCCUCGGUGUGGUCGCGGCUGCAGGACCGCGUCGCGCUGCAGGGCGACCGCGGCGUCGCGCUGCAGGACGUGCUGACGGAGUUGCACCACCUCGUCCUCGCCCUCGAGGCCAAGCCCCUGCCCAAGGCGUCGCUCGUCGCCUCGCUCGCCGACGCCGAGGAGCGGCUCUCGGUCGGCACGUCGGAGAGGCUGCAGCUCGCCGGCUUGGUCGGCCUCUUCCAGCUCGCGCGCCCUCACCUCGGCGUCGCGGGCUAG